GUCUACUUCAGAUUGUUCCUUACCGAUCUGCAGCACCGACUUCCAUAUUUCUCUGUGGCCGUCGAUACACACCACCGGCGCCAUCGACGGAGCUAAAGCCCUGCUGUUUAUUUCAAGAUCUCAUGCCCAUAGCCAUGUAAAACUUGAAGAGCUCCUCCAUCUCACAGACAGGGUUUGAGUUUAAUCAGGCCAAUGGACUUUCUGCACAGUGUACUGUCUGAUGGAAGUGGCAGUCUUAUGUCAGAUGGUAUUAAAGCAGUUGUGAAUUAUCUUAAUGAACAAAGAAUAGAACCGGAGGAUUAUUCUAAAUUAUUAAAGGAUGCAGCAAAGAUGCUUUUGGCGCUAAGAGAUGAUAAUGAACAGAAAAUCAAGCGAUUCCAAAAUCAUACCAGAAGAACCUCUAGGUUUUACAAUGAGUGGCAUAUUAGAGUGCCUAGAAUUGUUUCAGACCUAGAGAAAUUACAAACUGAAUGUGAAAAACACAGGAAUUUAUUGGAAGACUGUUCCAUUAGAUCAAUCCUUCAUGAAAAGGUGAGAAGUUAUUUGGAUAGGGUCGACAGGUUUCUAGAACAGGGAAAAUUUACAGAAGAAUUUCUUGUUGAUCAACCUCCAGAACCUGUUGUAAUGAUAGAUUCAGUACCAGACAUCACAAAGUUUGCCACACUUAAACGCCCUUUGGAGGACAUUUUAUCUUUGCUAAGUGAUGAAGAAGUGAAGACUGUUGUGAUUUGGGGGCCAUUGGGAGUUGGGAAGACCACAAUAAUGCAAUACUUGAAUAAUCAGGAAGAGGUUGCUGGGCGGUUUCAAAUAGUAAUUUGGAUAAAGUUGUCAGAGGAGAGGACAAUGGAAAAGCUGCAGAUGGGGAUAGCAAGUCGGCUUAAUUUGAAUUUGCAAGGCACUGAAACUGACAGGGAAGUUGCUAGAAGAAUAUCAGAAAAGUUGAAAGCUACAAAAUACUUGAUCCUUCUAGAUGACGUAAGGGGUGUCAUUAAUCAAGAUCAACUCAAGGAUAUUGGAGUCCCUGAUAACAAAUUAAAUGGUAGCAAAGUGGUUUUGACAACUGAAAAGCUUAGACUUUGCUGUGGGAUGGAAUCAAUUAGUGAGAUAGAGGUCAAAAGAUUAACUCAAAGUGAGGCUUUGGAGAUGUUUAAACAGAUAGUUACUGAUAAAAAAUUUAAAAUUCCUGGCAUUAAACAACAUGCUGAGUUGGUGGCUGAGGAAUGUGGUGGACUCCCUCUCAUGAUCAAGAUAGUGGCCAGUUACUUUAAAUUUAAAGUGUGUGCUGCUGAAUGGAGGAAUGGUUUGAGAGAGCUCAGAAAGGGGUUAACAGCUGGGAUUACGGGUUUAACAGAAAUACAUGAAUCCCUAAAGUGUUGUUAUGAUGAUUUGGAAGAUGAGAAAAAGAGAUGCUUGCUUUAUACUGCUUUACAUCCUGCAGAUACAAUGAUAUCCUCGGACUACUUGGUGGUGUGCUGGGCAGUUGAAAAGUUAUGUGGCAAUAUUGUUCACAAUGGGAGCUUCUACAGUGCAUGCGAUAAAGGCUAUGACAUAUUAGGACAUCUAAUAAAUGUUUCGUUGUUGCAGGCAGAUAAGAGGAUGGGAAGUGUCACAGUGAACAAGGUGGUACGACAAGUUGCCCUCCGUAUUUCCUCACAAGACCAUGCUGGUGAAUUUCUAAUUGGAGAUGAAACUGAAACUUCACCUGCUUCCCAUAUGAAUAAUGAUUGGGAACAGGCAACAAGAAUCUUUAUGAUUGAUGUUGAUGCAAAACUGGAGCACUUGCCAAGAAGCCCAACAUGCAGCAUGCUUUUGUCACUGCUUCUACAAAAGAAUCCUGAUUUGAAAGCAAUUCCUCCGUUAUUUUUUGAAACAAUGGAGAGGCUUCUAGUUCUUAACUUGUGCCAAACUGGAAUAACAUCUCUGCCGGACUCCUUUAAAAAGUUGAUAGGACUCAAGGCACUAUUUUUAAAUGAUUGUGAGAGUUUUUCUACGUUGCCUUCCCAAAUUGCACAACUUUGUCAUCUUGAGGUGUUUGAUAUUCGAGGCUGCAAGGUAAUCUUCAUACCAUCUUCUAUUAAAAAGUUGGGCCAGCUAAGGUGUUUCCGGGUUUCAUACUAUAAACCAGUCAUGAGGAAUGGCUAUGGAGGAAAGAAGACACAUUACAAUGUGAUUUCAAAGCUUAUCAAAUUGGAGGAACUGGUAAUUGAUGUGCUCUCUUAUGAUCAGUGGUGCACUGAGGCUAGAAAUGUUAUUCAGCAGGUGGCUUCCUUGAAGAAUUUAACUUCUCUCAAGAUGUGCUUUCCAAAACCAGAGGACCUCCGGACUUUGAUGGAAAGAAGGCAAGAAUGUCAGGUUUGCCAGCCGUUAUCUUCAUUUCAGUUUUCUAUUGGUAGCCAAAAUAGUCAUCCUAAAAUUCUAGACUAUUUCAAUCAUCCAAUAGAAAGAUAUUUGGGAUACAACUAUAACGGGCAUCAUAAUGGUUCCACCAUUUAUAAUGGAUUUCCUACUACAGAUGCAUUGGAUUUGAGUUGCAAUAACAAUAUUCCAUGUUUCUCAGACUUCAUCCAAGCUCAAGGCCUUAAUGGCGUUUUUGGUUGCCUGGUUGAACAAUGCAACAACAUGGAAACUAUUAUAAAUGGAAAUAAUGCAGGAGGCAGAGACAUCCUUCCAUCUUUGCAACAAUUACAUUUAAGGAAUUUGACACAUUUGAAAAGUAUUUUUGCGGGCCCAUUGUCAGGUGGCAGUCUUUCCGAAUUGCAAACAUUAGUGGUGAAAAGUUGCCCUAAGUUGACGGAGAUAUCUUCAAAUGGCCUAAUUCAGCAACUCCCACAACUCUUAAAAUUAACAGUUGAGAGCUGUGAUGAUAUUACUCAGUUGAUUAAGGGUUACGGUGGCAGUGGAUCAAUGUCAAGUCUUGAGGUCUUGGAAUUAGUUGACAUGAAAAAGUUAAAAAACAUAUGCGCAGAUGAAUCAUUGGCAUGGCCCAAGUUAAAGGAACUUCGAAUAGUUCAGUGUAAUGAGCUGAAAGAACUUCCUUUCAACAAAGAAAAUGCCGCUUGGUUAAAGUUGAUCAGAGGGCAACAAGCAUGGUGGAAUGACUUGCCAAACAAUGAAUUCAAAAGGCACUUCCAGUCCUCUGGCAUUCUCAGGUUUGAAGCUGGUUCAGAUUAAAUUAUUUUAAGCUGUGCUUAAGAGAAAAAGUUGGAAAGAGGAAAUGAUGGAAAGCUGCAUCAGUAGAUGGCUAUUUGGAAGCCUAAUAAUUAGUUUUACCUUUUUGUCAUUUUAGCAAGAAUGCUGUGCUUGUGUCUUGUGCUCUUUCACUUUCAUGUCCUAUUUUAAUCAUGUCUUAUGUUUCUACAACUAAUGUAAUGUUAAUCUUGGUCUUUGGGAACUUAUUCAGACCUGGCAACUAAUGAUACUUUCUUUUAUGUGUGGCUUAUGGCGUGUUAUUUGAACAACUGGCUUGGAGAUUCAGCAUGAAUACUUCUUGUAUUGGUGUAAUGGAGUUAUUGUCAUCAGAUUGUUGUCUAUUUCCUAUAGCUUGAAAAUUAACUGACGGAAUCAGU